CUUAAAUUCAUCUUCGUACAAAGAUCGAUAGCAAGAUCGAUAGGUCAGGAACCUCUAGGAUAUCAACUGAGAUAUUCUGCAUGGCUCCCCUUCCAUCUAGAUCAGAUUCACCCCAAUAUCGAGACAUACAUAUGGACACGGCAAAGGGCAUCACGUUGGGACUUCGGGACGUCCACAUGGGUACCGCAAAGCCUGGCGGCGGCGCAUGGUCUGACGACAUUUCAAUGGACACUGCACGAAACGCGACCACCGUGAAAGCAGGUGGGUUUCAGCUCUGGGAGAGGGAGUUGCUCCAGAGUUCCGAAGUCAAGCGCAAAGCCACCGUUGCCCAAUUAUUCUUUCUCGACUAUUACUUUAUGAACCUUGGAUAUAUCGCGUCCAGGAAGGAAAGGAGGGCACGCUUUGACGCAGAUACUGCCAAAAGGCAGCUAACAGCCGCCGAGUGCGCAAAGGAAUUCAAAUCGUAUUGCGGGCGAGAGAGAGUUAUUCUGAGGAAACGCAGAGCAAAGCUGAGGGUUGACCAAUUUCACAUCAUCGCACAAGUGGGGCAGGGUGGUUAUGGUGAGGUGUUCUUGGCACGGAAACAGGACACAGGAGAGAUAUGCGCUCUCAAGAAGAUGAAGAAACGUACAUUGUUCAAGAUGGACGAGGUGCGGCACGUCCUAGUGGAGCGCGACAUCCUCACCGCAACCAAGACACCGUGGCUCGUCAGACUUCUAUACGCAUUCCAGGAUGCGCAACACGUGUAUUUAGCAAUGGAGUAUGUUCCCGGAGGCGAUUUUCGUACUCUCCUCAACAACUCUGGCGUUCUCAAGGAAGAGCAUGCAAGGUUUUAUAUUUCAGAAAUGUUUGUCGCUGUCAACGAGCUUCACAAGCUUGGUUACAUUCAUCGUGACUUGAAGCCGGAGAAUUUCCUUGUGGAUGGCACCGGACAUGUCAAGCUGACUGACUUCGGCCUUGCCACAGGUGCUCUCAAUCCCAAGCGCAUUGAAUCGAUGAAGUUGAAGCUCGAUAAAGUGAAAGACGUCCAAGUUGUCUACCGCUCCACCCUGGAACGCCGCUCAAUGUACAAAUCUAUCCGCGCUGAAGACCCACGGUAUGCAGACUCCAUAGUUGGCUCACCUGACUACAUGGCGCCCGAGGUCCUCAGAGGCAAACCAUACACUUAUUCAGUCGACUAUUGGUCGCUAGGUUGCAUAUUCUUCGAAUUUCUCGCUGGUUUUCCACCGUUCAGCGGCAGCACGCCGGAGGAGACCUGGACAAACCUGAAGAACUGGACAAAGGUACUGAGAAGGCCAGAGUAUGAUAAGCCCGAAGACUUGAUCUUCAACUUGACGGAUAUUGCAUGGGAUGCUGUGACUAGGCUCAUCUCGCACUCAAGCGUUCGAUACUCCACUCUUACCCAAGUCACAGGUCACCCUUUCUUUGACGGGAUGCAGUGGGAUGACCUCCGCUCAACACGCGCACCGUUUGUGCCUGCUCUUGACUCAGAAAUUGACACUGGAUACUAUGAUGAUUUCACUUCUGCGGAAGACAUGGCGAAGUACGCUGAAGUGAAAGACAAGCAGCGAAAUGUGGAGAAGGUGAAGGAAAAAGAAGAGCCAGAAGCCCGCGGUGUCUGGGUCGGCUUUACUUUCGGCAAAAAUGGUCCAGGAGGAAAGCUGUUUGGUUCAUUGGAUUCGAGUCAAGACGACGGUGGAGCGCUGGCUACUAUAUUUUGAUUUUGAUUUUGAUUUUUUGGUGGAAACGAUGUUGCUAAGUGACAACUGACCAAGUCAGCCUCAGAUAGCACGUUGUAGUACGGGGAUUGCACCCAUAAGAUGUAGGAAAAGUAAUAGUAAUAAUCACCUGGGGGAACAGGUUCCUUCCCAUCCACAGUGUCGAG